AGAGUGAGAUUCUGCCUCAAAAAAACAAAAAACAAAAAAAAAAACAACAAAAAAACCAAAAAGCAAAACUAGGUAGUGAGAGCCAUACAGCUAAAACUAUAAUUCCCCUCCUCACAUAUCUUCAGUAAAUGGCACUGGAGAAGGAUUAUGUUGUUUAAUGCUAUAGCUACAAUUUAAGUGAAAUGUUUUUGGUGUUAGUAUUUCUCUGGACCACUUAUUACUGCCUCUCUUGUCUGGUCCUUUAUGCUCUCACUUCUAGUUGGUGACACACCUAGAACAGGUCUGAGAACUUACUGCUUUACCCUACAUAAUACUGCCAUUCAGAGCCUGAGAAUCUUUGCUACUGCGUUUUUCUCCUUUUGCUCCCUGUACUCAGGAGUGUGUGUCAUAGGGCAGGCCGAGUUUCAGUUAGCUCCUAAUGUGGAUAUUGGAAACCCCACCUGCCUGCCAAGUCCUUUUGGCUGUGAGCAAAGUGGAGGCUUGGUACUUGUCAUUCCUUUGCAGCAGUUGAGCUGAAGGAAUGCUGCAUGGCUUGCUGGAAGUUGCUUAGUGGCCUUGAGUGGGGUGUGUAUGAGGGUGUGUGUAGAAAGAUGAGGGUCUUAUAGUCUGUGUAGGAGAUAUGGGUUCUUUUCUGGUGUCAUGUUAAUCAUCAGGCAGUAUUUAUUGACUGCCUCCUUAUGACUAGCACUGUAAUAGGAGCUUUUGGAAUAGAAUAAUAAAAUAUAUAAUUGAUUCAUAGUUUAAUAGUCAAAGAUUUCUAGCUCUGCCACUUACCAGUGUUGAAUUGGGCAAGUUAAUGUCUUUAAGCCUCUCUUUACUUUUCUGUAAAAUGGAAGUAUUAAUAGCUAUCUGAUAGGACUGUUGUGAAUAUUAAAUAAAGGACAUAAGUAUCAUGUUUAGCACAUACCUGACUGUAGUUACUAUUUCAUUUCAUGUAGUCAUAUUAUGACAGAUACGAUAUAAAACAGAGAGUAAUAAAAAUAGAGAAUAAUGUGACAGUAGACUGUAUAAUCAAAUACUUUAAUUGUGACAUGUAGAUUAUAAAUAGUCUGGGAAUUUACAGAAGGGAAGGAACAGUCUUAUGCAACCAUUUAAUAUUCCUGUACCUCAGUUUUUCCAUUGGACAUGCUGUAGACAAUGCUAGGUGAUCUCCCAGAGAAUGAUUAAGAUGUUAAAGCAUUUUUGCGUUUUUAGAUGGUGCACAUGAUGGUGAGAAGGAAGGGAGAAUGAGGAAUUGUUGAUCUUGGCAAAUUUAACACUUAACAUUUAAAAAUUUUUCCUUAUGCAGAUGGACAUGGCAGCCUUAUAGGAAAACUUAAAGCUGGAGAUGUGGUGAUUUCCUUCCAGGGAACAUACUUGCUUUGGUAUUACUCUCUGUUGCCUCACUGGCAUUUUAAUUAGUUGAAAACUAAAGUUGGUCAAUGGAUUGCCUCUGAUCGUGAGCCCUUGGAUAUAAUCUGGAGAUUAAGUGAUUUGUAACCCAAAUUAUCUCUCUGAUCCUCUGGCAAAAAUCAAACAAACAAACAGGGCAGGAGAAGAUUUAGUUCUCUUGGACUGCAUGUUAAGGACAUGUGGUUUACUCACCAUCAGUGUUUUCUGGAUGGAACAUCUUUACUCAGAAAAGAUCUUAGACUGCUAACAUGGCCUUCCCACCUUUAAGCAGGUUUUCAUAAGCAUGUUCAUGGAAAACACCUUUUAAAAAGUGCUUUAUUCACAAUGUCCAAAAGAAACUGUUUCAGUUCCUAGUUUGUGUGUGCUUACUUGGUGAUUUGUUUUGUGUUAGCCUGAUACUGGAAAGUUUGUAUUUGGUUUUUAUUUCUAUCCAGAUCAACUUUCUUCUGCUUCAAGAAAAUUUCAGAGAAUUUUUCCCCUGAAAGUAAAGCUGUUCUUGCCUUUUUUUUCCAUCUCUUUAGUUUGGGUGUCUCUCUUUUUUUCUUUUUUUUUUGGCAUUGUUUGCCAAGGUUUCAAGUUUAUAGUGAGAGGUGAGGCAACGUUGAUCUUGGCAGAACAGUCCAAAGCCAGUAGAGUCAUUAAGUGACGCAAGCUUUUGAUUUUUUUUAUUUCUGUUAAAGCUCUCUGACACAGCUGGCUAUUCUAGUCCCAGAAGAAAGAGGAGAGACUUGCUGAAGAUCUGGAUGGGACAAUAGAAGUUUGGGGCACAUUAAAAAGAAGCAGCAAGAACAUCAACAAAAACCUCAGAUGAUUCAAACAGGCUUCUUCUUGGCUUUGUGGAACCUUUUGCAGUUGCUCAGAAUUUGAGUUUUUGCUUCAGAGGAUGAUGAUACAAGGCAAUAGAGGGCGAGGAGGAUUAUGUUGGAUUCUUGCUUAUCUGUCUGCCUCUCCUUCCAGUUGGAAAAAUCUUCAGUCCAUAAGAAGCAUUAUCAAAAAGCCUGAAGAACACAUCUUACCCUGAUCCUGGAUGCUGUUGGAGUUGAGAAUUACAUCCACUUCACCAGGACUUUAUGGAGGCUGUUCAAGAAAAAUAGAAGGAAGCAAUACUUAAGGAUUUCUCUGUUUGCAUUAGUCCUGUGCCAUGUUACAUUUUGGAGAUUGUUUGGAACAAGUGAGGGAGGGCUCUGUCAUCUUGAUCUAGGAGGAUACCUGAGUCCCUUGACUACACAGAUAUUUGGAAGGUGGUAAACUCAAAAUCUUCCAAAAUAAAUUGACUAAAUUCUGGAUUCCCUUUCCUUUUAGAACUUUAGCAGACAGAAAUUCCUGCCAAAAAGGCACAAAUCCUUCUCCGUUUUUUUUUUUUUUUUCAGGCUAAAUGUGAACAAUAAUGUCUUGGAAGAGAAAUUAUUUUUCAGGGGGUCGUGGUAGUGUACAAGGGAUGUUUGCACCUCGAAGCUCAACCUCCAUAGCCCCCAGCAAAGGCCUCAGCAAUGAGCCAGGGCAAAACAGCUGCUUCCUCAACAGUGCCCUGCAGGUUUUGUGGCACUUGGAUAUCUUCCGACGUAGCUUUAGGCAGCUUACAACUCACAAGUGCAUGGGAGAUUCCUGCAUCUUUUGCGCUCUCAAGGGAAUCUUUAACCAGUUUCAGUGUAGUAGUGAAAAAGUGCUUCCAUCUGACACUCUCCGCAGUGCUCUGGCAAAGACUUUCCAGGAUGAACAACGUUUCCAGCUGGGAAUUAUGGAUGAUGCUGCAGAGUGCUUUGAAAACCUCCUGAUGAGAAUUCACUUCCACAUUGCUGAUGAAACCAAAGAGGAUAUAUGUACUGCUCAACACUGCAUUUCCCAUCAGAAAUUUGCAAUGACAUUGUUUGAGCAGUGUGUAUGUACUAGCUGUGGUGCCACUUCUGAUCCGCUGCCUUUCAUCCAGAUGGUACAUUAUAUCUCCACCACUUCCCUUUGGCUCAGUACUGGCCAGCAAAGUGGGAGGAGGAGUGGGGAUUCUAUGAGCUUUGGAUCUGGGGACAGCAAUCAGGCUAUUUGUAUGCUGGAAAGACGAGAGAAACCUUCACCAAGCAUGUUUGGUGAGCUGCUGCAGAAUGCCAGCACCAUGGGGGAUCUGCGGAACUGUCCAAGCAACUGUGGAGAGAGGAUCAGGAUUCGCCGUGUGUUGAUGAAUGCUCCACAAAUUAUCACGAUUGGGCUGGUAUGGGACUCAGACCACUCAGACUUAGCAGAAGAUGUUAUCCACAGCCUGGGAACCUGCCUUAAGCUGGGUGAUCUGUUUUUCAGAGUGACAGAUGACCGGGCCAAGCAAUCUGAACUGUACUUAGUUGGAAUGAUCUGUUAUUAUGGCAAACAUUAUUCUACAUUCUUUUUUCAAACAAAGAUUCGCAAAUGGAUGUAUUUUGAUGAUGCUCAUGUCAAGGAGAUUGGGCCCAAAUGGAAGGAUGUGGUGACCAAAUGCAUCAAGGGGCAUUAUCAGCCCCUGCUGCUGCUUUAUGCAGAUCCCCAGGGUACCCCAGUAUCCACCCAGGACCUGCCUCCCCAAGCUGAGUUCCAGUCAUACAGCAGGAUGUGCUACGACAGUGAAGAUUCAGGGAGGGAGCCCUCCAUCUCAAGUGACACUCGAACAGAUUCCUCAACGGAGAGCUAUCCCUACAAACAUUCCCACCAUGAGUCUGUGGUCAGUCACUUCUCUUCUGAUUCUCAGGGGACAGUCAUCUAUAAUGUGGAGAAUGAUUCCAUGUCUCAGAGCAGUCGGGACACAGGACACCUGACUGAUAGUGAAUGUAAUCAGAAACACACAUCCAAGAAAGGGUCACUGAUAGAGCGCAAGAGGAGCUCUGGUCGGGUUAGGAGGAAAGGCGAUGAGCCUCAGGCCUCGGGAUACCACAGUGAAGGAGAAACACUGAAAGAGAAGCAGGCUCCUAGAAAUGCCUCCAAACCAUCCAGCAGCACCAACAGGCUGAGGGAUUUUAAAGAGACAGUCAGCAAUAUGAUCCAUAACAGACCAUCCCUGGCUUCUCAGACCAAUGUAGGCUCUCACUGCGGGGGCAGGGGAGGAGACCAGCCUGACAAAAAACCUCCUAGGACCCUGCCUUUACACUCUCGUGACUGGGAAAUAGAGAGUACCAGCAGUGAGUCAAAAUCCAGUUCUUCCAGCAAGUAUCGUCCAACAUGGAGACCCAAACGAGAAUCUCUGAAUAUUGACAGUAUCUUUAGUAAGGACAAAAGGAAGCACUGUGGCUAUACCCAGCUUAGCCCCUUUUCUGAGGAUUCAGCUAAAGAAUUUAUACCAGAUGAACCAAGCAAGCCACCUUCUUAUGACAUUAAAUUUGGUGGACCAAGCCCCCAGUACAAGCGCUGGGGCCCAGCACGGCCAGGCUCUCACCUUUUAGAGCAGCACCCCCGACUAAUCCAGCGAAUGGAAUCUGGCUAUGAAAGCAGUGAGAGGAACAGCAGCAGCCCUGUCAGCCUGGAUGCAGCCCUGCCUGAGAGCUCAAAUGUCUACAGGGAUCCAAGUGCUAAGAGAUCAGCUGGGUUGGUUCCUUCCUGGCGUCAUAUCCCAAAGUCGCACAGCAGUAGCAUCCUGGAGGUAGACUCCACAGCAUCCAUGGGUGGCUGGACAAAGAGUCAGCCUUUCUCAGGUGAGGAGAUAUCUUCUAAAAGUGAACUGGAUGAAUUGCAGGAAGAGGUGGCCAGGAGGGCGCAGGAGCAGGAACUUCGAAGAAAACGGGAGAAGGAAUUAGAGGCAGCGAAAGGGUUUAACCCUCAUCCUAGCCGCUUCAUGGACUUGGAUGAAUUGCAGAAUCAGGACUCUUCUGCACCUGCUUUGGCACACAUUCACUUUGAGAGGAGGAUGGAAUAUUCCCUGCUCGCUGUAUGGGAAGGUGACUUCUUUGGGGAUAGUUUUGGGAGGAGUGACGGCUUUGAGAGGUCCCUGCAAGAGGCAGAGUCAGUGUUUGAAGAGUCACUGCAUCUGGAACAGAAAGGAGACUGUGCUGCAGCUUUGGCUCUCUGUAAUGAAGCUAUCUCUAAACUAAGACUUGCCCUGCAUGGUGCCAGCUGUAGCACGCACAGCAGAGCCCUAGUCGAUAAGAAGUUGCAAAUCAGUAUUCGAAAAGCACGGAGCCUGCAGGAUCGCAUGCAGCAGCAGCAAUCACCACAGCAGCCGUCGCAGCCCUCAGCCUGCCUCCCAACACAGGCGGGGACUCUCCCUCAGCCAACAAGUGAACAGCCUAUCCCGCUCCAAGUAUUGUUAAGCCAAGAGGCCCAACUGGAAUCCGGCACGGAUACAGAGUUUGGGGCCAGUUCUUUCUUCCAUUCACCUGCUUCCUGCCAUGAGUCACACUCAUCACUAUCUCCAGAGUCAUCUGCCCCACAGCACAGCUCCCCCAGUAGAUCUGCCUUGAAGCUUCUGACUUCGGUUGAAGUAGACAACAUUGAACCCUCUGCAUUCCACAGGCAAGGUUUACCUAAAACACCAGGGUGGACUGAGAAGAAUUCUCAUCAUAGUUGGGAGCCAUUGGAUGCCCCAGAGGGUAAGCUGCAAGGCUCUAGGUGUGACAGCAGCAGUUGCAGCAAGCUCCCUCCACAAGAAGGAAGAGGCAUUGCUCAAGAACAGCUGUUCCAAGAAAAGAGGGAUCCUUCUAACCCCUCCCCGGUGAUGCCUGGAAUAGCCACCUCUGAGAGAGGAGAUGAACACAGCCUAGGCUGUAGUCCUUCAAAUUCAUCAGCUCAGCCCAGCCUUCCCCUGUAUAGAACCUGCCACCCCAUAAUGCCUGUUGCUUCUUCAUUUGUGCUUCACUGUCCUGAUCCUGUGCAGAAAACUAACCAAUGCCUCCAAGGCCAAAGCCUCAAAACUGCAUUGACUUUAAAAGUGGACAGAGGCAGUGAGGAGACCUAUAGGCCAGAGUUUCCCAGCACGAAGGGGCUUGUCCGUUCUCUGGCUGAGCAGUUCCAGAGGAUGCAGGGUGUCUCCAUGAGGAAUAGUACAGGUUUCAAGGAUAGAAGUUUGUCAGGUAGUCUAAGGAAGAACUCUUCCCCUUCUGAUUCUAAGCCUCCUUUCUCACAGGGUCAAGAGAAAGGCCACUGGCCAUGGGCAAAGCAACAGUCCUCUCUGGAGGGUGGGGAUAGACCACUUUCCUGGGAAGAGUCCACUGAACAUUCUUCUCUUGCCUUAAACUCUGGGCUGCCUAAUGGUGAAACUUCUAGGGGAGGACAGCCCAGGUUGGCAGAGCCAGACAUAUACCAACAGAAGCCGUCCCAACUGAGAGAUGUUAGGUCUAAGGAUCUGGGCAGCAGUACUGACUUGGGGACUUCCUUGCCUUUGGAUUCCUGGGUGAAUAUCACAAGGUUCUGUGAUUCUCAGCUUAAACAUGGGGCCCCUAGGCCAGGAAUGAAGUCCUCCCCUCAUGAUUCCCAUACGUGUGUAACCUAUCCAGAGAGAAAUCACAUCCUUUUGCAUCCACAUUGGAACCAAGACACAGAACAGGAGACCUCAGAAUUGGAGUCUCUGUAUCAGGCCAGUCUUCAGGCUUCUCAAGCUGGCUGUUCUGGAUGGGGGCAGCAGGAUACGGCCUGGCACCUACUUAGCCAAACAGGCUCUGCAGAUGGCAUGGGGAGGAGGUUGCACUCAGCCCCUGAUCCUGGUCUCUCAAAGACUCCAACAGCAGAAAUAGAGCAUGGUCUCCAUGAAGCCAGAACAGCUACACCUUGCCGAGGCCUCAGCAGGGAGUGUGGGGAGGAUGAGCAGUACAGUGCAGAGAACUUACGUCGCAUCUCACGCAGUCUCAGUGGCACCGUUGUCUCAGAGAGGGAGGAAGCUCCAGUUUCUUCCCACAGUUUUGAUUCAUCAAACGUGAGGAAGCCUUUGGAAACCGGGCACCGUUGUUCCAGCUCCUCUUCCCUCCCUGUCAUCCAUGACCCUUCUGUGUUUCUCCUCGGUCCCCAACUCUACCUUCCCCAACCACAGUUCCUGUCCCCAGAUGUCCUGAUGCCCAGCAUGGCAGGGGAGCCCCAUAGACUCCCAGGAACUUCAAGGAGUGUCCAGCAGUUUCUGGCUAUGUGUGACAGGGGUGAAACUUCCCAAGGGGCCAAGUACACAGGAAGGACUUUGAACUACCAGAGCCUCCCCCAUCACUCCAGAACAGACACCUCCCGGGCACCCUGGUCAGAGACCAACCAGCAUAUUGGGACCAGAUUCCUGACUACUCCAGGGUGCAAUCCUCAGCUAACCUACACUGCCACACUACCAGAAAGAAGCAAAGGCCUUCAGGUUCCUCACGCUCAGUCCUGGAGUGAUCUUUUCCAUUCACCCUCCCACACUCCCAUUGUUCAUCCUGUGUACCCACCAUCUAGCAGUCUUCAUGUACCCCUGAGGUCAGCUUGGAAUUCAGAUCCUGUUCCAGGGUCCCGAACCCCUGGUCCUCGAAGAGUAGAUAUGCCCCCAGAUGACGACUGGAGGCAAAGCAGUUAUGCCUCCCACCCUGGACACAGGAGGACAGUGGGAGAGGGGUUUCUGUUUGUUCUAUCAGAUGCUCCCAGAAGAGAGCAGAUCAGGGCUAGAGUCCUGCAGCACAGUCAAUGGUAAAGGUUACUCCUUUCCUUUCCUGGAGCUACACCUUUCUUUGUAAAACUGUACUGUGGGCCGGGCGCAGUGGCUCACACCUGUAAUCCCAGCACUUUGGGAGGCUGAGGCGGGCGGAUCACGAGGUCAGGAGAUUGAGACCAUCCUGGCCAACAUGGUGAAACCCCGUCUCCACCAAAAUACAAAAAAUUAGCCAGGGGUGACGGUGCGUGCCUGUAGUCCCAACUACUCGGAAGGCUGAGGCACGAGAAUUGCUUGAACCCGGGAGGCGGAGGUUGCAGUGAGCCGAGAUCGCACCACUGCACUCCAGCUUGGCAACAGAGUGAGACUCCAUCUCAAAAAAACAAAACAAAACAACAACAAAAAAAACCGUACUGUGGCAGCAUUGGUACUCUGCAUCACUGCCAUGGUUGUGCUAUUCUCAUCUCAACAUAGAAUUGGUGGGUUCUCCUAAGGGUGUCAGGAACCUCUAAAAAGACCUGAUUCUUUGGGAGGGGAUAUUUGAAAUUCCAAUUUCCAUUCCCCCUAGCAAAAGGAAGCAGCUGCUGUUUAAGGGUUUUAUCUGAGCCACUUUAAAGAUGAACCCAUGGUAUUACUCUGGAUACUAGCCAUUCCUUAGGAUCUUAAGGUCACAUUUUAUUCCUGGAUGCUUUAUGUCCCCACCUCCACCUGAGCCCUCGUCCUCUGUUCCCUACUAUAUUCCCAACUUCUACUCUGUUUUAUCCACCUAUCCCUAUUACCUGACCCUUUGUCUUCCCUAUCUCCCAUCCUUGGGGGACAUGCAGCCCUGUGGUCAUGGUUCUGAUUGCAUCAUCAGGGCAGCCCCCCUGCCCAGGUAUUAUGGCCUGUCAGCAUUCCCUGUGCCCUCCAAACCUUAGGCCUAGAACGCGGAGCUGCCAACAUAACAUUCACCCUUUUGAACAGAUGGAGUCAGGCACACUAACACAGCCUUCUGUCCUCAACAGCACAGCCAUUAUUGCCACUUGCUCAGUCAUCGUUGUAAACCCUCAAAGUCAGCUGAACUAUUUUAGGCCAAACAUACUGUUUUUGUAAAGUAUUUUUCAUUAAUAAAUCUAUAAGUAGUUCUAUUUAA